AAAAAAUACGAGAUGGCGAGACAAAUGACAUAUGCUGAAUUUCCUCAGAAAUUUGUAUGGAAAAAGGGUACAAGGGAAUGGGUUCCAAGAAAGAAAGCAUUUUCUAUUGGUCGGAUAUACUAUGUUCCACCAGGAUGUGGGGAGUCUUAUUAUAUGAGGUGUUUAUUGAACCAUAUUCGAGGAGUGACGUGUCAUGAAGAUUUGAGGACUAUAGGCAGUGUGUUAUAUAAUUCAUACCGUGAAACUUGCUAUGCUUUGGGGCUUUUGGACGACGAUAAAGAAUUUGUUGAUGGUUUUACUGAGGCAAGUGAUUUUGCAACGGCAUUUGCACUAAGGAUACUUUUCGUCAUAUUGUUGUGGUCAGAAUCCAUGAGUCGGCCAGAAUUUGUUUGGGAGAAGUGUUGGAUAUACAUGGCAGAAGAUAUUCAAUACAAAUUGCGUAAAAAGUAUCAACAUCCAGGGUUUGUAAUGGACAAUGAUCAAUUGCAAAUGGCGGCAUUAACAGAGGUAGAGAUGUUAUUGCAACGACGAGGAAAGAGUUUACGUGAUUUCCCUCCAAUGCCGUAUCCAAAGUCAGACUCAACUUACCUUUCCAAUAAUAGAUUUGUUGAGGAGGAACUCCAAUAUGAUCGGCAAGCGAUGCAUCAAGAACAUAAUACCUUGCUUCAAGGUCUAACAGAUGAACAACGUGUUGUUUAUGAAAAGAUCAUGCAUUCUGUUGAAACGGAAUGUGGAGGGAUGUAUUUUGUUUAUGGAUAUGGUGGAACUGGGAAAACGUUUGUGUGGAGAACUAUAUCCGCUGCAUUGAGGUCCAAAGGGGACAUUGUAUUAAAUGUGGCAUCAAGUGGCAUUGCUUCUCUACUACUACCCGGAGGGAGAACCGCGCACUCGCGUUUUGCAAUUCCGAUCAGUUUGAAUGAAGAUUCAACUUGCAAUAUAAAGCAGGGUAGUCCUUUAGCAAUACUAAUCAGUAAGUGUAAAUUAAUCAUUUGGGAUGAAGCUCCAAUGCUCCACAAAUUCUGUUUUGAGGCAUUGGAUAGAAGCAUGCGUGAUGUGCUUAGAUUCACCAACCCAAAUAGCCUAAACUUACCAUUUGGUGGUAAGACAAUUGUUU